UUUUACGCAAUCGCGAGCUCGAGCCCUACGACGCACCGACACACCGACGCACCCACCGCAAGUGCAGCCGCGACCGCGACCCACAACCUGAUGCAUGUCUCUACCAUGGCCCCGCCGCAAGAUCCAGCUCGCCAGGCUUCUCGGUGUCCAGCUGCCUGGCAAUGCCAAUGUCGCGUUGCGCAACAGCACGUCGAAUUCGAGCUCGAAGGAAAUGUGCGAUGACUCGGAGAUGCGAGAGAGGGAGAGAGAAAGAGAGGCGGAGGCGGAGGUGGAGCGCGAGUGCGCGGAGGGCGUUGUGCUCGAUAGGCUCAGCCAUGGGUCGAGUGUUAUUGGGAGGACGUCGAAGACGGCCGAGGUGGACGCGCUGCGGUUCGGCGACCAGGAUCUGAGCGUGUUGGGCACGCUCGAGGCGGGCCAGUUUGGCGUCGUGGACGUCGUGAGCUGUGCGCUCGACGGGCGGGUGUAUGUGCGCAAGUCGGUCGAGAAGAUCUUUGUGGCGAGACAUAGGGAGCAAUGCAGCCCACAGUACGAGCGCGACCUGCUCCUCGCCGCCCGCGCGACGCGCGCCUCGUGGGCGCCACACCUGUUGUGCGCGUACCAGACGCCGACGCACCUCCGGCUCGUCAUGGACUACCUCGCGGGCGGCACGCUCUGGGACGUGCUCGAGAGCAGCCCGGCGGACAUGCGCGUGGGCGAGCGCGACGUCAAGUGGUGGGCGCCGCAGAUGGUGUGCGCGAUCGACUGGUGCCACGCGCAGGGGUUUGCGCAUCGGGACAUCAAGCCGCACAACUUCGUCCUCACGGCCUCGCGCCACCUCCAGCUCAUCGACUUCGGCUCCGCCGCGCCGCUGCUCCCGCCCGAUCCGCACGGGACGCGCUUCAUCCCGAAGCAAUACUGCAUGGUGCCCUGCGGGACGUGCGACUACAUAUCGCCCGAGAUCCUGCAGUCGUACGAAGAGGCGCUGCUUGCGCUUGAAGUAUCCGAUGACGAGGAUGAGGGCUCGCGGGCGUACGAGGACGAGAGCAGUGUCGAGCAUGAGCGCGAGGACACGUGGGACGCAAGCCGGACGGUGGGGAGGAAGAAAGGACGACGGAAAGGUAACGGGGACAGGGGUGGAGGCGGUGAGGGCCUAGGGUAUGGGUGCGAGACGGACUGGUGGAGUAUGGGCGCGAUGCUGUAUGAGAUGGUGUAUGGUGUCGCGCCGUUCUUUGCGAGCGACGUGAAGACGACGUAUCUGCGGAUCAUGGACCAUGAGACCAGUCUGAGGUUCAAUCGGGCUAUCGACGUUUCUGCUGGGCUGCAGGAUCUCAUUCGAAGGCUCUUGACGCAUCCCGAAAUCCGGCUUGGACGCCAUAGCGUCUUGGAGAUAUCUGAACAUCCAUUCUUCGAAGAUACCAACUGGGCUACUUUGGAGUACGAUUCUGCACCAGACGACCUUCUCGUUCCAGAAUUCACAUACUUUGCGCCCAACGGCACUGGCGUGCUCGCAGCCAACCUCGACAGGAGCACCGGUUCAGACGCUUCCCAGCCAUUUGCGUUUUCAGCGCUUUUUCAGUCGUCUAUUAUCACUGAGCCUUCGCACCUCAAUCGCUCCUCGGGCUCAUCACCUGGCCUAUCAGGUCUUCAAAAUAGCCAGAACGCAAGCGGACAGAAGGCCUGGAUAGGUUUCUCCUGGGGCCCCAUGGCAGACGCGUUCAAUCACGAUGGGAGCAUGUCCGCCCAGGACCUAGAUCCCUCGUUAUUCCAAGCUGCCCCUCGUGCUCCCGACCAAACCGAAGGCGACUCCGCCUGGGUCGACCAGCUCACCACCCCGCGCCCCGCCGCACGCCCCAGCGCACCGACCCCAUCCGCCGUCCCCCGCUACGGCACGUUCGCCGGAUUCCCUAGCGCCGGCGCCGGCGCAGACCCGGCCUCCCCGUCGUCGCUCUUCCGCACGCCCGUGCGCACGCCGUUCAACACGUUCCCGCGCACGGCGCCGCGGACCGCGACGACGACGCUCCGGCGCACUGCACAGCGGCGCGAGGUGAGCGACCGCGAGGCGAUGCGCCAGCUCGUGGACUGCGUCGGCAUGAGCGCGCGCAAGAAGGUGCUCGCGAGCGGGCGCAAGCCCAGGAUCCUUGAUUCGGUCGUGCGCGCACGGACGCGAGGGCGGGGGCGGGAGGCACGGGAGCGGUCGGGCUCGGGAUCUGCGUCGUCGUCUGCUGUCGCAGUGCCGGCGCUGCUCCCGAGGAGUGCACUGCGCCCUGCGAGCGGGGGCGGGAGAGUGGUGUCGGCGUCGGCGGGUAACACGGUGCGCUUCGCCCCGCCGGAGCGGGAGCGGGCGCCGUCGCGCAAUUUGGCGCCCAUUUUUACCGCGUCGGCAGCGGGUGCAAUGGCAGGGAGGAUAGCGGUGAACGCGAGUGGUACGACGGACUCGUCCACGCGGUCGCUGUCGCUGCCUGAUGCGUAUGGAUACGGACUGGGCGGGCUCGCGGGUCUCGGGGGGAGAUGGAGGAGGCGGUGAACGCGGCGGCGAAUCGGAGUCGGAGACGAGCGAGAGCGAGGGCCCGCCGAGUCCGUCGCCGAGCCCGCGGCCGAGCAGCGCGAUGUCGACGCUUAGCGGCGGUCUGCGGAGCGCGACGCCCUCGGUGACGUCGACGAUGGGCCGGGGAGCGAGGAGUGCGACGCCGAGUGCGAUGCUUAACUCGGGUGUUUCCUUGGCUAGCUCGUCGGGGUCGCGGCUUGCUGCGAGUGCUGGGCCGACUAUGGGCGGUAGGGCGAGGUCGGGCUCGGGAUCGCAAUUUUUGGCUGUCCCGCCGAGCGCACCGGAGAAUGCUAGGGGGCAUGAGGCAAGGGAGGGGAAUGGAAUUGGGGACGUAGGAGGAACUUUGGCUGGCGAUUUGAGUGGAGAUCUCACGUUUGAGCCCCAAGCGACGUCGGAGACGCGCGACGACCAUUGCACCGAAGUUACCGAAGAUCGCAUACGGCCUGCAGAGAAGGCCGUCAAGACGGAGCGGGCGAAGGGUAAGAUGCGGGAGGCGGAUACGAGCGCAGGGAAAAUGAGCGACCGCGACGAAGACGAUACGAUUCGGGCACAUAGUUCCGUUCACAGACAGCGGCGAGGCCAAGAUCCUAUGGACGCUCCUACACAUCAUCCACCCAGUCGCAUCGAUCGCCAACGAAGCACCGGUGCCGUGCACGCCGCUUAUCCUCGCUCAAGAAGUGACGGUGACGUCGUCGUCGACCAUUCACAGACCAAGGCGAGACGCACGUCCAGCGAGGACGACCGGUUCGCGCACAUGGACGAGCGGUAUGCGAUGCUCAUGGGCGAUCUGGGGCGCAUUUCGGAUGACCUUGAGGGACUUCGGCUGGGGCUGUCGAGGAUGCGGGCGAGUGUAUGAGGAGGAUAUUAUAUUUGUUUGGUUGUAGUAAGAUGGCAUGACGGCACGCAUCUUUAUGGAUUUUUACGC